AUUGUUUAUUGUAAAAUAUCUGAUGAACUUGGAUUUACUGAUCUUUCACUAAAGGUUUAAUCUCUGAAUACGAGCCAAAACGCUUAAAACCUUGAAUCUAGAAACUCGAUUCAAACUUGAGAAAGCUUCAUUUUUGUAGCUCAAACUUGAACACGCGAGCAGUCAAUCUCGACUUGAUUCAUGGGAUCACAAUGAUUUUCCUGCUGCUGUUUCUUUUGGAAGAGCAAGAGUAGGGAGUAUAUUCUCCUCUCCCCUCAUAUUUUAAGCUUUGAUUAUUUCAUUAAAAAAAGUAACAGAAAAGAAAAAUAAUAUUUCUGCUUAGAUGGUGAAGACAUAAAGGUGAAAUAUAGUAAAGUAGAGCAAGCAAGAUAACUUGAUAGUUAGCUAAAGAAUAUCUGUUGGAACCUACAACAGUGAAAAAAUGUAACCCACAUGCUUCUAUAUUAAUGAAUAAAAAGAAGAAAAGCAUAAAUUAAAGUAAUCUUUCCCCCCAUUUUUAAGAAAUUGACAAAAAGGCAAAUCUAAAUUUGCUUCUAUCAAUUUACAUAUAUUCCUUUCUUUUCUUUUCCACAAAUGUUCUGAUGAAUGCUAUAAAUACUCUGACAUAAAUUGGCAACAUAACGAAAACUACAUUGUGAAUCAAAUCACAAUCUUUGUUUUUGUAAAAGCAUCUUGUGCUGUAAUUUAUUGAAAAUGGCUUCCGGACCGGUUCUUAAACGAUCCGAAACAAUAGCAGAAAGCAUGCCUGAUGCGUUGAGGCAGAGCCGCUAUCAUAUGAAGAAAUGCUUUUCCAGCUUUAUUUCGACGGGGAAUAGACUAUUGAAACACCAACAUAUAAUGGAAGAAAUGGAGAAAUCAAUACCAGAGAAAGGUGAAAGGAAAAAAGUGUUAGAAGGGUUACUUGGUUAUAUCCUUAGUUCUACUCAGGAGGCAGCUGUUGUUCCACCGUAUGUUGCUUUUGCUGUAAGGCCAAAUCCUGGAAUUUGGGAAUAUGUUAAGGUGAAUGCUGAUGAUCUUGGUGUAGAUGGCAUUUCUGCUUCAGAAUACUUGCAGUUCAAGGAAAUGAUCUUCGACGAAAACUGGGCAAAGGAUGACAAUAGUCUAGAAAUUGAUUUUGGUGCCAUUGAUUUCUCAACUCCAAACCUGACACUUUCUUCUUCAAUUGGGAAUGGAAUGAAUUUUGUAUCAAAAUUCAUGUCCUCCAAGCUUUUUGGAAGCUCUGAUAGUGCAAAACCUUUGCUUGACUAUUUACUAGCCCUUAAUUAUCACGGCGAGAAUCUUAUGAUUAACGAAAAGUUGGAUACAGUUGCUAAAUUUCGAAAAGCGCUGCUCGGAGCUGAAGAUGUUCUUUCGGUGUUUCCAAGAGAUGCGCCGUAUCAGGAUGUACAACCAAGUCUGAAAGAAAUGGGAUUUGAAAAGGGAUGGGGACAUACUGCAGAAAGAGUUAAAGAAACAAUGAGAUUGGUUUCUGAAUCUCUUCAAGCACCAGACCAUGCAAAGCUAGAGUUGCUAUUUGGCAGGCUGCCUAACAUUUUCAACAUUGUAAUUUUCUCUCCACAUGGCUACUUUGGCCAGGCAGAUGUCCUCGGAUUGCCAGAUACCGGCGGUCAGGUUGUUUACAUUCUUGAUCAAGUAAGAGCAUUUGAGGAAGAGCUGUUGCUCAGGAUCAAGCAACAAGGUCUUACCAUGAAGCCUCAGAUUAUUGUGGUGACACGGCUCAUUCCAGAAGCUAAAGGAACAAAAUGCAACCAAGAAAUAGAGCCUAUUAUUGGCACAAAGCAUUCCAACAUUCUCAGAAUCCCAUUUAAGACAGAGAAGUCGGUUCUUCCUCAGUGGAUCUCCCGUUUCGAUGUGUAUCCCUAUCUUGAGAAAUUUGCUCAGGAUGCUGCAGAUAAAAUCCUUGAACAAAUGGAAUGUAAACCAGAUCUCAUAAUUGGGAAUUACAGUGAUGGAAACUUGGUGGCAACUCUAAUGGCAAACAAACUUGGAAUAACUCUGGGAACUAUAGCUCAUGCUUUGGAAAAAACUAAGUAUGACGAUUCAGAUGCCAAAUGGAAGCAAUUAGAUCCCAAAUAUCAUUUCUCCUGUCAAUUCACAGCUGAUAUGAUUGCGAUGAAUGCAGCUGAUUUUAUCAUAACCAGUACAUACCAAGAAAUUGCUGGAAGCAAGGAUAGGCCUGGACAGUAUGAAAGCCAUGAAGCAUUCACCAUGCCAGGGCUUUGCCGCGUUGUCUCGGGCAUCAAUGUCUUUAAUCCAAAGUUCAACAUUGCUGCACCCGGUGCUGAUCAGUCUGUCUACUUCCCUUAUGCUGAGAAACAGAGGCGUUUAACCUCUUUUCAUCCUGCCAUUGAGGAACUCAUUUACAGCAAGGAGGAUAACAAUGAGCACAUUGGAUAUCUUGCAGACAGGAAGAAGCCAAUUAUCUUCUCCAUGGCAAGACUAGAUACAGUGAAGAACAUUACAGGGCUAGUUGAGUGGUAUGGAAAGAGCAAAAGGUUAAGAGACUUGGUAAAUCUGGUAGUUGUAGCCGGAUUCUUCGAUUCGUCUAAAUCAAAAGACAGAGAAGAAAUUGCAGAGAUAAAGAAGAUGCAUUUCUUGAUUGAGAAAUACCAACUUAAAGGUCAGAUUAGAUGGAUAGCUGCUCAAACAGACAGAUACCGGAACGGAGAGCUCUAUCGAUGCAUUGCCGAUACAAAAGGAGCUUUUGUGCAGCCUGCACUUUAUGAGGCAUUUGGUCUUACAGUCAUUGAAGCAAUGAACUGUGGACUACCCACUUUCGCUACGAAUCAAGGAGGACCGGCAGAAAUUAUUAUUGAUGGAGUCUCAGGCUUCCAUAUUGAUCCCAACAAUGGCGACGAAUCAAGCAACAAGAUGGCUGAUUUCUUUGAGAAGUGCAAGACAGAUGCAGACUACUGGAACAAGAUUUCAACAGCUGGUCUGCAGCGUAUAUACGAAUGCUAUACAUGGAAGAUAUAUGCAAAGAAGGUGUUGAACAUGGGAUCAGUUUACGGAUUUUCGAAGCAGCUAAACAAGGAACAGAAACAUGCUAAGCAAAGAUACAUCGAGACAUAUUACAAUCUUCAAUUCAGGAAUUUGGUCAAGACUGUUCCCAUCCCGAAUGUUGAACCACAUAAACAAACUGCAUCAUCAUCAUCAGCUGGAGCAAGUAAAACUCUGGAAUUUCCAGUUCCUACUGCUACUGCUAAACCUUCAAAAUCAGAAGUUACUUCAAAGCCUAAACAAAAAGAAGAAAGGCCAACAGAAAUGGCUAAACCUCAGCCAACAGCCAGGCAUACUCAUUGUUUUUCUUGCAGGAAAGAACUUGCCUCACCUUCAUCAUCACAAAGCAGUGGAAUAUAUCUGUCAUGGAACUGGUGGUUCGCCAUGAUUUCAUCUCUGUGUGCUGUUUAUUACAUGCUAAUGAAGCUGUAUAAUAGUCUGUUCUCCAGAGAAAGUGACAGUCAUUAGAACAGAAUAUAUUGUUACUCCUGCUGCAGCACAAUCAAGAUAAUAAUAAAUUUCAAGUAGCUGACUAUAAUGAGCCAGCUCAAGAAAAUUUUAGACAUGGCUACACAUUUGUCACGGGCCAUUAUUCUAGUUUAGAAAUUCAUUCUAUGUAAUAAUAGCUGACAGCUUGUAAUGUAUUUGCCAUCAUGCAAGAAAAAAUAACUGAAACAGAAAAGCAUUCCUUUCAGAAUAUUAAUUUAAUAAAAUAACUCUUAGUUUA